CAACUGUAAACUUCUAGUUCUAGUACUUCUACUUCAAUUCUCUCUCUAUCAUCUUUCCAGUGGUAUGGGAACAACCAUUCCGUCAGCUCAGCAAACGAUAGUUCCAUUUCCGGCAAUGUCUUGCCGGAAACCACCACGUACUCCUUCCUUUUUGUCUGUCCUAACACAUCCCACGUUUGUGACUAUCAACGAAGAUGACCUGAAUCACAGUCUAAAGAUUAAUACAAAAAAUAAUACAACUACCACCACAUCAAAGACUGUUGUUUAUCACGACAACUUGCUUGAAUCUAUUGCCAUUGAUUACAUCUCCAAAGCCUUCCAAGAAACCAGUGGUUUGAGAAAUGAACAGACAGGGUACGACGGGUUUGUGGCAGUUUCAUCAGCCGUAUUUCGGGAGUUUGAUCCUACACAACAACGUCAAGUUGUUGAUAAGACUCUCGAGAAAGCUAUUCCUGGUUUUAUGCUUAUUAUGAUUAGAAAUCUGAUGCCAGAAUCGAAGUUUACAAGGGAGUUUUUUGCCAUUUUCACCACCGUCUUCUUUCGUUGGUUAGUCGGGCCUAGCGAGGUAAGAGAGUCGGAGUUUGAAGGGAAAAAAGAGAGAAACGUUGUCCACAUACAGAAAUGCAGGUUUUUGGAGCAGGCUAAUUGCAUAGGCAUGUGUACAAACCUCUGCAAGAUUCCGACACAAGAGUUUAUUAAGAAAAAUUUCGGAACUCCAGUCAACAUGGUUCCUAAUUUUGAUGAUAUGAGUUGUGAGAUUAUAUUCGGUCAAGAUCCUCCAGCACAAGAAGAUGAUCCGGCAUUUAAGCAACCAUGCUACAAACUAUGUAAUGUAAAAAAAAGGCAUAGUGCAAGCUGCAUUAAGUAGACCUUCAAGGAGACACAUGCAACAUAGGGAUUCAAAGAAGAAAAGGAUGUGGAGAAGAUGCUGCUGUGACCGUGCUGACCCUUCUCACACUCAUUAAUACGCUAUAAGUACGUCAUAAGUCACUUGAAAAGAUCAAGGCAUGUCAUAAUGUGUUUUUGUGAUUGGGAAAGAUGCCAUUGAGUAAUGCAGGAAAACCAUAUGUGUAUCAUUAGCGGAC